ACCAUCUACAACCAAGUGAGGGAUAAUUAGGCUUGGGUUGCGAAGAACUCGAAAAGCAUUUACAAUGCCAGACACAUUUAGACUCUGGACCAUUAGUGAAUAUGAGAGUGGGUUUUAUGGAAAUUGAAAGUCAACUUUUUUCAACUUACUUCUUGUGCUUUGUUUCUAAAAAAGUCAGAAUGCCUUUGUCGCUGGUUGAUCACAUUCUCAAACUUACUCCCUACAGCGGAAUGGUCGGACAGCUUCAUCCUUGGCAAUCUGCUCUCAUCUCGCUUGCCGUGGUGUUGGUCGCCACUGUCACCGCACAGGUCAUUUACCGCCGAGCAACACGUCCGCCUUUUCGCCCAGCUGGAAAGCUUUGCCUUAUUACCGGUGGCAGCACUGGACUCGGCAAAGCCUUGGCUGUUUCCAUGGCCGCUUCUGGAGCUGACGUUGUCAUUGUUGCCCGAAGACAAGCAGAGCUGGCUGUCGCCGUUAAGGAGAUCGAGGCUAAGAAGCUUAAUGCGUCGCAGAUCGUUCUCGCCGUCAGUGCUGACGUGACCUCGAAAACCGAUAUUGUUCGCAUCUUUGAUGAAACCAAAGCAAAGAUGAACCGGGAUCCCGACUAUGUUUUUGCUUGUGCUGGUGCCUCGUUCCCCAAGAUGUUUUUGGAUCAUACCAUGGAAGAUUUCGAAUUCCUUUCCAAUUUGAACUACCUCGGCCAAGCCUAUAUUGCCCACCAAGCGGCAAAGCGAAUGGUGGAGUCUAAAAUCAAGGAUGGCAAGAUUGUAUUCGUUUCAUCAGUAUUGGGUUUAAUGAGUUUUGCUGGAUGGUCAACCUAUUCGCCGACUAAAUAUGCCGUUCGCGGUUUGGCCGACACGCUUCGUAACGAAUUGCAACGUUAUACCAUCAACGUUCACAUUUUCUUCCCCGGUACAAUCUUCACUCCUGGAUUUGAAAUAGAGAACCAAACCAAGCCCCACGUUACCAAGGUGAUCGAAGGAGCCAGUGAGGGACAGACCCCAGAAGAGUGCGCUCGUUCUUUGACAAAAGGCCUCGAAGCUGGUUACUAUGCCAUCACGACAGACUUCCUCACUGAACUGCUUCGUACGGUUGGCCGCGGUGUUGGACCGACCAAUGGAUUCUUCUCAGACUGGAUAUUGAGCAGUGUUGGAUGGGCUUCACAUUUUACAUGGACUACGUUGUAAGAAAUGAUUCUACUACCAACUGAACGGGGGCUAUGAUACACAAGAUACUGUACUAUGCUCACAGUAAGCUUUUUCGUUCUACACACACUUCGUAACUGUGUGUGCUCAUGUUUUGGGCUCUCCGCUG